AGUGUCAGUAAUCUAAUUGAAGGUCACGGUUUGAUAUAACAAACAGGGGCUGCGUUUCCCGAAAGCGUCGUAUUAAGCCUAAAUCGAUCGGACAACGAAUCUUAGUUUUACGGGCCGUUCCCAAAGACACCGUAGAUAAAGUGUCUUUUGAAAAUUCGUAGCUCUUGAAAGUGCGUAGAUUAGCCUUCUCCUUACGAGCAUGUUUGGGAAAAGCACGUAAGAAAUAUCAAUGGGUUUGUUUUUUGCUCGAUCGUUGCUACGAUCCAUAGUUAUCGGGAAACGCAGAUAUCAAGUUGAAAAUCACCACUUUUUCACGACUGGUCGUCAAAUGGUGCUUCCGGAAACAAAGAGUCGGUUUUCAUCCAAUCAAAAAGCUGUUGCAUUCGAAUAAUCUCUGGCUAGGUAAGCUCCAGUAGUAGUUCCUCUGAUGAGCAGUCAACUGUGACUAGCCAUUUUAUUUGAGAACUACCAAAACUAGCUAGCCAUUGUGUCUAGUUACAGUUGCUAGCAAUAGUCAGUGAAAUCUUGAAGCAACCGAAGUUGUUCAGCAAUUACAUCGGAUACGUUUUUUCAGCUUGUUCUUGUCGACAGCUGUUUCAUGGGCACCCAAGAAGAAGACAGAGAUUGGGUGGACGUGGCAAAUGAUCUCCUCAGCAAGUGUCAGUUAAACUUAAGGCUGAGGAAGGUGACUGAUUGUGAUGCCAGUGUUUUUGUAGCGUUGUAUGAAGCCAUCUUGGGGGAGAACGUCCCGGAUUACAUCGCUGCCCCUGGGAGUCAGGAGGAUGACAUCCACAAUAUCCAGUCAGUAAUCGACUCCCUGGCCCUGGACUAUCUUCAAAUCAGUCUUUCCCACAUCACAGGUGAAAACAUCGUCAGAGGGGACAAAGAAUCAGUCAAGAACCUUCUGGAGAUCUUUGAUGGUCUGUUGGAGUACCUCACAGAGCAGAUAAGCGAGGAGGAGUCACAAAAUGGAGAACCCAACGGUGCUCCCGUGGAGGAACUCCCCCAUGCGCCCCGGGCCGAGAACCAGGAGAACGAGGCCAUGUUGGAGAGAGUGUCCCAGUCUUCCAGUAUACAGUCUGCCGUCCAGUCGAGCAAACAUUCCCUCCACUCCUGGAACGCCGAGGAGAUCGGCUCGACCAAUGAGCUCAUUCAGCUGGGAGACUCCGCCCGCACGUUCACGGCCAAACAAGAAGCAGAAGCCACCUCCCAGCCCGCGGCGGCCCCCGGCUCCCCGGACCCCCAGGCCACCCUCCUGAGGGAGCCCCUGCGCUCAGCCAUCCCCCUCCAGCCCCCCUACCAGACUACCCCCCACAGGCCCGAGAGAGCCCCCCACUCGCCUAGCCAGUCCCCCCUCGCCAAUGGCCUCUCUCACGGGCACGCCGAAGAGGAUGCAGUCCCUGUUACCACCGAGUGCCCCAGGCUAGUAGCUGACACAGUUGUUACCAAUGGAUUACAGUCCCCUGCCUCCAACCACUCUCCUGUGGAGAGUUUGAAGUCUGCGUCGAGACCAGAGGACGACAUGGAGCAGCUGGAGCGUACCGGCCCCGGGCCCCGGAGGGUCCUGUUCCGCACCCAGCCAGACGUGCUCUUCCUCAGCCUGCAGGAGGAGACAGAGGGCUCCCUGCCUCCGGACACGGAGGGAGAGGAGGAGGAGGAGGGAGAAAUGGAGGAGGAGGAGGGGGAGGAGGGAGAACUGGAGGAGGAGGAGCGGGGCGUGGCGCCGCGCGGGCAGCGGGGUGACCGCUCUGACAGGGAGAGGACGGGACUCGGUGCUAGCAGGCUAGCAGCGUGUGUCGAGCCUGGCUCCUGGCGCGCACACCACAACAGACAGGCCGAGCAGGAGUUGCACCACAUGUCUGAGAAGCUGUCCCGGCGGCUGGAGGAGCUGGACGAGAUGUUGAAGAGAGCCCUGGGUGAGAGUGGAGAGUCGGGUGAGGUCAGAGAGGAGGACAAGGAGUCUCAUCACAGCGACAGUGUCAUGGAGUGUCGCAGGAGAGACCCACAGAGACCCAAAGGCGCCCGCCGCGCCCCCCCGGCCCCCCGCACGCGCUCCCUGUCCCCCUCCCCUCCUCGGUGCCGGCGCUCCCUGCAGGGCCAGCUCCAGGGCGUCACCAGGGAGACGGAGAGCUCCAGAGCGCGCAGACGCUCGCCCGCCGCCCGCUCCCGCCGGCGAGAGCUCCGGCAGAGGCGGAGCCAGGACACGCACACCCAGCUGGUGGAGAAGGCGUACAAGGAGGAGCUGAAGCGGUAUGAGGAGAGGGAACGCCUCAACAUCACCAAGGAGAGGCUGAGGGCACAGGAAGCGGAGCGGGAGUACAGGGAGGCCAUACUAAGGGACGUUCCCCGGACCCCCAAACCAGCCAGACUGACGACGCCCCAACAGCGCUCGCCACGGACGCGGGCCAGCCUCCCUCUGGGCCGCAGGCGUCAGGAGAACAUGAGAAGAGCCGCUCCCAUGAAGGUGAAGGACAACGACCUCCUGCCCCAGCUCCUGGAGGAGCUGCCCCACCUGCACCUCUCCCCCCACGCCCUGGGCCGCAUGUGGGAGCAGCAGCUGGGCCAGGUGGAGCGCCUGCACUCCUCCCUGGCCGAGGCCCCCAGGGCGCCCCGCAGUAAACUCACCAGCCAGGUGGAAGAGGCGCAGAGGAGACACGACCUGCUGGUGGAGAUCAUCCACAAGGAGCAGGAGCACAACCGACGCCUGAGGGACUUCAAGGAGCGAAUCCAGCAGCAGAAGUCGGCCCGUAGCCAGCUGAGAGACCAGAGGCAGCAGAUCGCCCGCGCCAAGAAGUACCACAACGACUACCACGUCCAGCACCGCGCCCGCAUGAUGAGGGCACGCACCAAGGAGGAGCGGAUGUUCCAGCAGGUGUUUGAGGAGGGGCUGGACUUGCAAACGGCUCGCCUCAGGGAGCAGAGGGCCUACGUCAAGGAGCAACGUCAGGAGCACCACAGACGCCACCGAGACCAGAUCCAGUCUAUGGAGAACUACUACAAGGACCAGUUUUCGUUGCUGGCGGAGACUCUCGCCCAAGAACGGCAGGAGAUUCAAGUGCGGAAGAAGGCGCAAGAGAAGGCUCUGCAGAAGAUGAAGAGAGAGCUCCGAUCCAAGAUGGAGCGGGAGAUCGGCGAGCUGCAGAAGAUCAUUAUCCAGAACGAUGACGAGGACUACUUCCGCGACCUGGAGGUCAAGAGGUUACGGGGUCGUGUGCAGAUGGCAUCCUUCCAGUACAACACCAGCUGUUUACACUGACCUCAGCGGUUAACUCUGUAUAACGCCUAACUCCAUUUAACUUGGCUGCUAAAAACAAACAAACUCAGUACUCUUGGA